UAUGGCAACCUAUAAAUCAGAAAUUUAUAUACCGGCAAAGAAUAUACCUAUAAGGAAAGAUAGUAGAAGUUUCGAGGAAAGACACAAGACUUUAUUCGAGGAGAUGCAAGAAAGAAUGGAGCAGCGAAGGAGAGAAUGGAGAGAUGAAGUUGAAUUAAUGAGGCAGUCCCUAUUUAAAUUGGAUCCAAUUGAUUCAAUGAGGAAUGAGAUGAGAUUAAAGGAUAUGGAUUUGAAAUCCAUGUUUUUCGACGGCUGUGGAUCACCAUCGAUUGUGAGAAAGGCAAAAAAUUCUCCAGGACCCGGUAAACUCUUUAAAGUUAGCUUUGAUGUUAAAGAAUUUAAACCAGAAGAGAUAACUGUUAAAACGAAGGACGAUAGACUUGUUGUUGAGGCGCAGCACGAGGAAAAGAUUGGUCAGAAAACAUCUACUAAAUCCUUCUCGAAAACUGUGGAACUACCAAAACAAGUAAAUGCUGACUCAUUAGUAAGUUCACUGAGUUCGGAUGGAAUCUUACAAGUUGAAGCUCCUGUAUCAGCUCCUGCUUAUCAAGAAAUUGUAUCUUCUAAACGAUUUUCGUCAGAAACAAGUUCCACUUCUUCACCAUCUAUCGCACGGAGAGGAGGAUGGAUUACGGAAGAUGAAAAUAAAAUGAAAUUGGUAAUUGACGUAAAUCCGGAAUACGAAUUAGAAGAUAUUAAAGUAACAACAGAAGGGAAGAAGUUAAAAAUUAAAGGAAAGCACGAAGUUAAAUCUGCAACCGGAAGUAGAUCAUGCGAAUUUAGUAGAGAAAUUGAUUUACCUCACAACUGCAAUCCAGACUCGAUUAAAGCUCUUAUGAAUGACGCUGGCCAAUUAUUAAUUAACGUUGAACUUUUUGGAAUGCAGCAAAACCAAAUUGAAAGUUAA